AUGGCCUUCAACUUCAACUGGUCGCCGCUCACGGCUGACGCCGACUUCUACCGGCGCGCCCGCGACCUCUUGACAAAAGCGCUCAACAAGUCGCCCAAGCCGCCCAUCAUCGUAGAUGAUAUCCUCGUCAGCGAGUUCAACCUAGGCACCGUGCCCCCCGACCUGGAGAUUCUCGAGAUCGGCGACCUCGCCGAGGAUAGGUUCCGCGGCAUAUUCAAGAUGUGCUACUCUGGCGACGCUUUUCUCACGCUCAAGACGCGGGUCCAGGCCAACCCGUUGAACACCUACCUCUACUCAAAGCCCACCUUUACAUCGCCGCAGCCGCUCGCCGCUGCAUCUGGCCUUACGAUACCCCUCUCCAUUACGCUUUCGGAAAUCAAGCUCUCCGCCUUCAUCAUCCUCGUCUUCUCCAAGCAAAAGGGUCUCACUCUCGUCUUCCGCAAUGACCCCCUUGAGUCUCUCAAGGUCUCCUCAACCUUUGAUUCAAUCCAAUUUGUGCGCGACUAUCUGCAGCGCACUAUCGAGCAACAACUACGGAACCUGAUGAUGGACGAGCUGCCCGCCAUCAUCCAUCGCCUGUCGCUCGAGCUUUGGUGCCCCGACCAAGCGAACAAGGGUACACAUACUCCCCAAGAGGACGUCGACGAGAAGGGUAUUGAUCCCUUUGCAAGUCCGCCCUUGGAUCCAGUCGACGCGAACGGGAAUCUGUUGGAUCCAAACGCCGUCUCAGAGCUCUCGCUGAACGGCGGCGGUGAGAUGCAGCACCUCUUCUCGCAGAAGAACUUGCUUCGGCUGGCUGCUCUGACCGACUCACACCGAACGCUAUCGCUUUUCACGCCGGGCAUCCGAGACGUCGUUUUCCGCGCCUGGUCCGGCUACGGGGACCGCUCCGAGUCCGCCACCCCAGCCCUAGCGACACCCAGCUUGACCAAGACGUACUCGUUCCCCGCCAGCGGCAGCACCACAUAUACCUUUUCAGACGCGGGCAGCACCGCACAGGGCUACUUCCCGUCAAGGCCAUCGCUAGUCAGCGUCGGCUCCGCGUCGGCUCUGCCGUACGGCUCCGGCCAUCGAUCGAGGCCAGGCCGAAAGAAGAAGACCAGAGUCGUCAACCUCCGGCGAUCGAGAUCCGAAGCAGGCUCAACCGAUGGCCUAUCUGAAGCAGACAGCUCCGAAACAGCGUCGGUGAACGUGCCAUCUUCAGAGCCUGUUUUUUCGACAUCCAUUCCCGAGGAGCGCGAGACACAGAGUACAGAGGCUACCGGCGCGGCGCCUGGCAAGGUGCGGUUUACACCUAUGCACAAGGACACCACGGACAUGCGCCAGGCCGUCAUGUCCGAGAUGCUAAAAAGGAACCUGGAGCAGGCCGCAUCUGCGUCCGAGCAACAGGCUGACACUGCGUUACCGACCCCCCUUGAUCUUCCGUCUUCAUCCGAGAAGGCGCCAAUUUCCCACCGCAAGGAGGCUGUCGCGGUCAAAGACCACGGAAGCAGCAGCUCCGACACUUCGUCCGUGAUCCUCGAGCAGGCAUGGAUCAUGAAGAUGGCUGGUGAGAUAGCACGCCGCGUUUACGACGAGAAGAAUCGUCAGCGCCAGGGCAUGUGGGACGACACGGAGAACCCACCACCGCCAGCCUACGAAGCCGCCACUCGCUGA